AUGGCGGCCUCACCCGAACUUAUCAGCUUCACCAACAGCUUGCUCAAUACUGACAACAUGCUCUCACCUCUCCACAACACCUUUGCUGCCGCAGAUGCCGCUGCACGCAGGGCGUCUGGUGGCGAACCUUUAAGCGCGAGUUCGCCACGCAUCGGCGAAGCCUACGUCAACAGUCCCAAGCGCGAUCCACUUCGAGACGGAUACCGUGCCACACCUCCCUCAUCAGCGUGGAGGCAUUCCGGCUCUUACACCGGCCGCGAUGGCUCGCCAUGGUACAACGACGCGCGCUCGUCACCUUUUGCAUCUUCAGCCGCCCGCGACUAUGCUACGCUCGAACUCGAGUCGAGUCUUGGCGCACCGACGCAUCCUACCGGCGAUCCAUCUCUCCACUACGGAGAUACCAGCAACGCCGACAGCGUUGUGGCUCUGCUCCACGCCGCCGCCGCCGCCAACGAAGCCAGCAAGCAAACCGAUCGCUCCAACGAGAACCGCUUCCCAUCUCCCAGCGCGUUCUAUCAGCAAGGCAUCCCCACGUACGGCAUUCCACCGUACUCGGCUGCCUAUCGCUCCAACUCGUCUGGUCUUGGCGGGUUCACCAACUCGCCCAACCUCGGCUUUGCACGCCCCUAUCGUGGCAUCGACGGAUCUCUGGAUGGCGCCUCUCCCUACGCUCAGGCGACGGUGCAGCCAUCGGCGACUGCCACCGCAGGCGCAGACGAAGACCACAAGAUCCACGUCAAGACCGAGCCAGAUACACACGAUUCCGUCGCCCAGCAGCAGCAGCAGCAAUCACAACAAACGCCACAGCUCCAAGACCAGCAAGCAGCAGCACCCAAGAAAGGGCGAGGUCGAGGACGCAAGAAGAGCAGCGUCAAGCAAGAGGAUGUAGCACCCGCCGUUUCAGCAGCAAAUGGCCCUUCCGCCCUCGACAGUGUCGUAUCGGCCGCGCUCGCAGCGUCGGAAGCGCCGGCCAGCUACGCUGGGCCCGCCUUUUCGCAGUACGGCUACCCCGACUACAGUGCCACCGGCAUGCCCGGUGCUGCCUUCUCCGCCAACCCGCUCGUCCCCUUGGCUGCCCAGGUAGCUGGCUCCAUCGCUCCUGCUCCAACAGCCGUCCCUGUGACCGCACCACUCGAUAAUGCGUCUAGCUCGGCGGUGACCGCCACUGCGACACCGUUAGCGCCCGCUGCUGCUACUUCGGCCACCUCGCCUACCUCGCCGGGCGCAAGCAAGGGCAAGACUGAAAGCGAUGCGGGAGGUCCCAAGCUGCACGAGUGCGAGACGUGCGGCAAGUCGUUCAGCCGCAGAUCCGAUCUGGCGCGUCACCGGCGCAUCCACACGGGCGAGCGUCCCUACCCUUGCGACUACCCAGGAUGCGGCAAGAGCUUCAUCCAGCGAUCGGCGCUGACGGUGCAUUCGCGCGUCCACUCGGGCGAACGUCCACACAAGUGUGAAUUCGAAGGAUGCGACAAGAGCUUCUCGGACAGCAGUUCGCUUGCGCGACACCGCCGCACUCACACGGGUCGCCGUCCGUACGUCUGCGACUUCCCCAAGUGCGGCAAGAUGUUCACGCGACGCACGACGCUCAACCGUCACUCGCGUUGCCAUCAGCCUGGUUACGUCAAACCCAAGAGCCGCGGCAAGGGUCGCGGCAAGGGCAAAAAGUCGGCCAACAAGGAUGGCAGUUCUGCCGCCAACGACGAUGAGGAUGACGACGAUGAGGACGACGAUGAGGAUGACGACGAUGACGACGAUGAUGACAGCGAGGACGAGGACGACGAGGAAGAUUCUGAGGUCGAGUCUGGAUCCGGUUCCGAGCCGGCCGAAUCCGUCACGCCGCCCGAGACAUCGGCUCAGGUGGCCAAGGGUGCCAAGCGCGCCGCGCCUGGACGCGGGCUUAAGAACUCGACGGCCAAGAAGGCCAACACAGGCAACGGCGCUGGCGUGGUGAACCGCAUGAACCGCUCAGCCAGCGAUGCCGAGGCUGCCAUGACGUUGGCGCAGGCGGCACUGCAGGCGCAGUUCAACCCGUACUACGCCGACCAGAUCAACGGCGGGGCUGCAGCAGGUGCGAACCAGGUGGGUGCUGCCGCCAGCAUGCCUUGGGCCGGUUCGUCCAGCUUCGCCGCCUAUCCGAUGUCGGCGCAGGACGGCACCGCAGCACUUCUCGCUGCCAGCAACCAUGCCGGCUUCUCACCUGGGAUGGGCAGCAACGACUCGAAUGAAGCGAUGGAGGCGGCGGCCGCUGUGCUGGGUGGCUUUGCCAACUCACCUGCGCCGACCGCUGUCACCGCGCCAGCAAACGGGCAGGACUCUGCGCAGUCGCUCUCGGAAGCACAGCUGCUGCUGGAUGCGGCGAUGAGUCCCGUGUCGAGCCACGCGACGAUCCCUGGUCUAGGAGGGGCCGCCGCCGCAUCCAAAGAUGCGAAUGCGAGCCCAACGCGAGGACGGGGUCGUGGUCGUCCUCGUGGAUCUCGCGGUGGCGCUCGAGGAGGUCGUGCCGUCAAUGCUCCGAGCAACCUCGCCAACGAGACGAGCGCAGCAGACGUUUUGCAGACUUCGCCUGACGAGACGCCCUCCACCGAGGCAUCCUCUUGA